UCGUAUGUCAUGUAGCUCCUUGUUUAGCAUCAAAUGAAAACAAACUUUAAGAUAAUGUGUAUGACAUCAAACUCAAUCACAAUAUUUUUGAAAAAUUCCACAAUUUAUUGUUGAACAACACGUUUUCUUAUAGUCGUGCAAAAUGUCACCACUAUAUAUAAUAUUGGUUGUUUAUAUUGCAAUUUCAUUCCCGAUUUUCUAUAUUGUGUUCAAUGCAUCGCAAUUGGUGAUUGAUGAAGAAUUUCACCUGAGGCAAGGUCGACAUUAUUGUUUGGGAAACUUCCACAUUUGGGAUGAAAAAAUAACAACAUUACCGGGACUAUACGUUUUAUCAGCCAUAUUUUUAUUGCCUUUCAAACAAUGCUCAACUUUUGCACUACGACUAACAUCGUUGAUAUGUUCGAUUAUAAAUUUGUGUUUGAUUUUUGAGAUUCGACGAAGCUUACAACAAAAGGUAAAUCUAAUCAAAAUUGCGAUGGAAACACUCACACUGUCACUUCUACCACCAGCUUAUCUUUUUGCUCACCUAUACUACACGGAUAUAACAUCUAUUACAAUGAUAUUGGGGAUGUUCCUUUUUAAUAUAAAACAACGACAUAAUAUUUCCGCUUUAUUUGGAUUUGCCAGCGUUCUGAUGAGGCAAACAAAUAUUGUUUGGGUUGGAAUGAUCCUGGGUACAACCAUCAUGGAUAAACUGAUUUCGCAAACAUUGCCAUUUAUAAAGAAAGAUUCAGAAAAACGACCAACCAAUUCCUAUUCCUAUAAUUUUCAGGACAUAUUUUCGGUUUUCUGUUUCUACUCCAAACGAGUCUACCUAGUUCCAAAACAAAUUCGGCUUUUAUUUGUCCAUUUAAUUGGCUAUAUAUUAACCAUUGCGGCAUUUAUUGCAUUUAUUUUGGUCAACGGCUCAAUUGUUGUCGGUGAUAAGAGUGCUCACGAAGCAGCCAUUCAUUUACCUCAGAUUUUCUAUUACAGCAUCUUUUUCGCCAUAUUUGCACCUUCCAUUACAUUUAAAUAUAUGGCACCAACCCUAAGAAUAUUGAGAAGGUACUGGAUUUUCUGGAUUUUGACUGCAAUUUUGUCACUAAUUGUGAUUUAUGCAAAUACGAACGUUCAUCCAUACUUGCUAGCAGAUAAUCGUCAUUAUCUGUUUUACAUCUGGAAUAAAUUUUACGGUCGAUACUAUUGGUUCAAGUACGCCAUGGUUCCACUGUAUCUCAUAUCAAUGACUGUGCUGUAUCAAUGUAUUUCAAUUCGGUCUGCGGGUUUUCAAAUAUUGUACACAUUGUGUACAAUCGUAUCAAUCGCUCUACAGCAACUCAUAGAAAUUCGAUAUUUUAUAUUGCCAUUCAUGAUAGCGCGUCUAUUCGCUUCCUCAGUUAAAUUCAGAUUUUUAAUUCUUGAAUUAUUAACAUAUUUAAUAAUAAACUCAAUCACCUUUUAUUUGUUUUCCACCAAAGAAAUAUAUUGGAAGGAUUAUGAUUUUAUCCAAAGAUUAAUCUGGUAAGAGAAUCACCGAUUACUGUAACUGUAAGAAUUGUCAAUAAAAUAUUUUGUCUUAAUAAA